AAUCUGUCAGAAGUGGCCCUUUAUUGUAAGCGGACACCACAGCUAAUGCUGCAUGCCCGCUGCUGCCUGAAUCAGAAGGGCAUCAUCUUGGGGCUGGAUCUCCAGAACUGUUCUCUGAAGGACCCUGGUCCAAACUUUCCUCAGGCACAUACUGCUGUCAUCAUAGACCUGCAGGCAAACCCCCUCCAGGAUGAGUUGGCCAAUGCCUUCCAUGGCUUUAUUCAGCUCCAGACUCUGAUACUGCCACAAGAUGUCAACUGUCCUGGAGGUAUUAAUGCCUGGGAUAAUGUCACUUAUUAUAUAAACAACCAAACCUGCCAAGGACAAAGGAACCUUUGCAACAGCACUGGGGACCCAGAAAUGUGUCCUGAGAAUGGAUCUUGUGCACCUGAUGGUCCAGGUCUCAUGCAAUGUAUUUGUGCUGAUGGCUUCCAUGUACAAGUGUAUGCGCCAGGGCUCGUUCUCACUGCUUGUGUUCUUUGGUAUUCUGGGAUCCACCACAUUAUCCAUCUCCAUCCUGCUUUGGGGGACCCAACGCCGAAAAGCCAAGGCUUCAUGAACCACACAGGUCUUACUAUUGACCUAAAGAUCAUCCCCAUCUAUCUUAGCCCAGACAGGGAGAUUUGCUUUCUAGACAUCGUUGGUCGGCGGGUCCUCACAAGGCAUAAGCCACCUUUGGAAGGAAGAUGGAAACUCGCACAACUCUGGGGUGUUGUGGACACGCCAGUCCCGGAGUGGACUAGUCACCAGGUCCCAUUUGUGCUGUUGACCAUAAUAAACAUUUCUUUUUCUUCUUUUUUCUCCCCCAACACCUUUUUUCGGGGGGAAAGGCGCCCAGGCUUUGGCUUUGUGUGUUUCUUGGUUGGAGUGGGGAGAGGCUACCUUGGGACAGCCGGUUUUCUCAGGGUUCCCUUCGCUUUGCUCCGCGCAGAGGAGGUGACCCCACCCUGUGCUGCCCUGGCCCCGCCCCUUACGUUCCCGGCCCCGCCCCUCACGCCGCCAGCUGCCCGCGCCGCCGCAGUCUGCCGCCGCCCAGAGCGCCUGGGCUACUGCGCCUUCCGCGCCGCCCUUGCUGCAGACACCGGCGCGGUUAGCCACGUGGACCGACUCCGGGCGCGCUGUCCUCACGUGGUUCUAGCAUCGGCUGGGGCUUACUGCGCUUCCCGCAUCUCUGUACUCACCCCGCCUCUGAGCUCCGUUUCCAUGGCGGCCCUGGUGUUGGAGGACGGGUCGGUCCUGCGGGGCCAGCCUUUUGGGGCCGCUGUGUCGACUGCCGGGGAAGUGGUGUUUCAAACCGGUAUGGUCGGCUACCCCGAGGCUCUCACUGACCCUUCCUACAAAGCACAGAUCUUAGUGCUGACAUAUCCUCUGAUCGGUAACUACGGCAUCCCCCCAGAUGAAGUGGAUGAGUUCGGGCUCAGCAAGUGGUUUGAAUCCUCGGGGAUCCAUGUGGCAGGACUGGUGGUGGGAGAGAGCUGCCCUACACCCAGCCACUGGAGUACCACCUGUACCCUGCACGAGUGGCUGCAACAGCAUGGCAUACCUGGCCUGCAAGGAGUGGACACUCGGGAGCUGACUAAGAAGUUGCGAGAGCAAGGGUCUCUGCUGGGAAAGCUUGUCCAGGAUGGGACAGAGCCUUCAACCCUGCCAUUCUUGGACCCCAAUGCCCGCCCCCUGGUGCCAGAGGUCUCCAUUAAGGUUCCACGGGUAUUCAAUGCAGGGGGUACCCCUCGGAUCCUUGCUUUGGACUGUGGCCUCAAGUAUAAUCAGAUCCGAUGCUUGUGCCAGCGUGGGGCAGAGGUCACUGUGGUACCCUGGGACCAUGCAUUAGAUAGCCAGGAGUAUGAGGGUCUCUUCCUGAGUAAUGGCCCUGGUGACCCCACCUCCUAUCCCAAUGUGGUAUCCACACUGAGCCGUGUCUUAUCUGAACCUAACCCCCGACCUGUCUUCGGGAUCUGUCUGGGACACCAGCUGUUGGCCUUAGCCAUUGGGGCCAAGACUUACAAAAUGAGAUACGGGAACCGAGGCCAUAACCAGCCCUGCUUGCUGGUGGGCUCUGGGCGAUGCUUUCUAACAUCCCAGAACCAUGGAUUUGCUGUGGAAACAGAUUCACUGCCAGCCAGCUGGCUUCCUCUCUUCACCAAUGCCAAUGACCACUCCAAUGAAGGCAUUGUACAUGACAGCCUGCCCUUCUUCAGUGUCCAGUUUCACCCGGAGCACCAAGCUGGGCCUUUCGAUAUGGAAGUUCUUUUUGAUAUUUUUCUGGAAACGGUGAAAGAAUCCACAGCUGGGAACCCUGGGGGCCAGACAGUUCGAGAGCGGCUGGCUGAGCGCCUCUGUCUUCCUGGGAUUCCCACCCCAGGCUCUGGCCUUCCACCACCACGAAAGGUUCUGAUUCUGGGCUCAGGGGGCCUCUCCAUUGGCCAAGCUGGAGAGUUUGACUACUCAGGCUCUCAGGCAAUCAAGGCCCUGAAAGAGGAAAACAUCCAGACAUUGCUGAUCAACCCCAACAUUGCCACAGUGCAGACUUCCCAGGGUCUGGCCGACAAGGUCUAUUUCCUGCCCAUAACACCUCACUAUGUGACCCAGGUGAUCCGUAAUGAGCGCCCAGAUGGUGUGUUACUGACUUUUGGGGGCCAAACAGCUCUGAACUGUGGUGUGGAGCUGACCAAGGCUGGGGUGCUCGCUCGGUAUGGGGUCCGGGUCCUGGGCACACCUGUGGAGACCAUUGAACUGACCGAGGAUCGGCGUGCGUUUGCCUCCAGGAUGGCAGAGAUCGGAGAGCAUGUGGCCCCCAGUGAGGCGGCGAAUUCUCUUGAACAGGCCCAGGCAGCUGCCGAGAGACUGGGGUACCCUGUGCUGGUGCGUGCAGCCUUCGCCCUGGGUGGCCUGGGCUCUGGCUUUGCCUCUAACAAAGAGGAGCUCUCUGCUCUCGUGGCCCCAGCCUUUGCCCAUACCAGCCAAGUGCUGGUAGACAAGUCCCUGAAAGGAUGGAAGGAGAUUGAGUAUGAGGUGGUGAGAGAUGCCUACGGCAACUGUGUCACGGUGUGUAACAUGGAGAACCUAGAUCCACUGGGAAUCCACACUGGUGAGUCCAUAGUGGUGGCUCCAAGCCAGACGCUGAAUGACAGAGAGUACCAGCUUCUGCGGCAGACGGCCAUCAAGGUGACUCAACACCUUGGAAUCGUUGGGGAGUGCAAUGUGCAGUAUGCACUGAACCCUGAGUCUGAGCAGUACUACAUCAUAGAGGUGAAUGCCAGGCUCUCUCGCAGCUCUGCUCUGGCCAGUAAGGCCACAGGCUAUCCACUGGCCUAUGUGGCAGCCAAGCUGGCUUUGGGCAUCCCUCUGCCUGAGCUCAGGAACUCGGUGACAGGCGGAACAGCAGCCUUUGAACCCAGUCUAGAUUACUGUGUGGUGAAGAUUCCUCGCUGGGACCUCAGCAAGUUCCUCCGUGUCAGCACAAAGAUUGGAAGCUGCAUGAAGAGUGUUGGUGAAGUCAUGGGCAUUGGGCGCUCUUUUGAAGAGGCCUUCCAGAAGGCUCUGCGCAUGGUGGAUGAGAACUGUGUGGGCUUUGAUCACACAGUAAAGCCUGUCAGCGAUAUGGAGUUGGAGACGCCAACAGACAAGCGGAUCUUCGUGGUGGCAGCGGCUCUGUGGGCUGGAUACUCAGUGGAUCGCCUGUAUGAGCUCACACGCAUCGACCGCUGGUUCCUGCACCGAAUGAAGCGGAUCAUAGCACACACCCAGCUGCUGGAGCAACACCGGGGGCAGUCUUUGCCCCCAGCCCUGCUGCAGCAGGCCAAGCGCCUUGGCUUCUCAGACAAGCAGAUUGCCCUUGCGGUUCUCAGCACAGAGCUGGCUGUUCGCAAGCUGCGUCAGGAACUGGGGAUCUGCCCAGCGGUGAAACAGAUUGACACAGUUGCAGCUGAGUGGCCAGCCCAGACAAAUUACUUGUACCUGACAUACUGGGGCACCACCCAUGACCUCAGCUUUCGAACGCCUCAUGUCCUGGUCCUUGGCUCUGGCGUCUACCGUAUCGGCUCCAGCGUUGAGUUUGACUGGUGUGCUGUGGGCUGCAUCCAGCAGCUCCGAAAGAUGGGGUAUAAGACCAUCAUGGUGAACUACAACCCAGAGACAGUCAGUACUGACUAUGACAUGUGUGACCGACUCUACUUUGAUGAGAUCUCUUUUGAGGUGGUGAUGGACAUCUAUGAGCUGGAAAACCCGGAAGGCGUGAUCCUAUCCAUGGGUGGGCAGCUGCCCAACAACAUGGCCAUGGCUUUGCAUCGGCAGCAGUGCCGAGUGCUGGGCACCUCCCCUGAAGCCAUUGACUCAGCUGAGAACCGUUUUAAGUUCUCCCGUCUCCUGGACACCAUUGGCAUCAGCCAGCCUCAGUGGAGGGAGCUCAGUGACCUAGAGUCUGCUCGCCAGUUCUGCCAGACCGUGGGUUACCCCUGUGUGGUGCGCCCCUCCUAUGUGCUGAGUGGUGCUGCUAUGAAUGUGGCCUACACUGAUGGGGACCUGGAGCGUUUCCUGAGCAGUGCGGCAGCUGUCUCCAAGGAGCACCCCGUGGUCAUCUCCAAGUUCAUCCAGGAGGCCAAGGAGAUUGAUGUGGAUGCUGUGGCCUGUGAUGGUGUGGUGGCAGCCAUUGCCAUCUCCGAGCACGUGGAGAAUGCAGGUGUGCAUUCAGGUGAUGCCACGCUGGUGACCCCGCCACAAGACAUCACUGCCAAAACCUUGGAGCGGAUCAAAGCCAUUGUGCACGCCGUGGGCCAGGAGCUGCAGGUCACAGGACCCUUCAAUCUGCAGCUCAUUGCCAAGGACGACCAGCUGAAAGUCAUUGAAUGCAACGUGCGUGUCUCUCGAUCCUUCCCAUUCGUCUCCAAGACACUAGGUGUGGACCUAGUAGCCUUGGCCACACGGGUCAUCAUGGGUGAAGAAGUGGAGCCUGUGGGGCUCAUGACUGGCUCUGGAGUCGUGGGAGUAAAGGUGCCCCAGUUCUCGUUCUCUCGCCUGGCGGGUGCUGACGUGGUGCUGGGUGUGGAAAUGACCAGUACCGGGGAAGUAGCCGGCUUUGGGGAGAGCCGUUGCGAGGCCUACCUCAAGGCCAUGCUAAGCACUGGCUUUAAGAUCCCCAAGAAGAACAUCUUGCUGACCAUUGGCAGCUAUAAGAACAAAAGUGAGCUUCUCCCAACUGUGCGGCUGCUGGAGAGCCUGGGCUACAGCCUCUAUGCCAGUCUGGGCACCGCUGACUUCUACACUGAGCACGGCGUCAAGGUAACAGCUGUGGACUGGCACUUUGAAGAGGCAGUGGAUGGUGAGUGCCCGCCACAGCGAAGCAUCCUGGAGCAACUUGCAGAGAAAAACUUUGAGCUAGUGAUUAACCUGUCCAUGCGUGGGGCUGGGGGCCGGCGUCUCUCUUCCUUUGUCACCAAGGGCUACCGCACCCGGCGCCUGGCUGCUGAUUUCUCUGUGCCCCUUAUCAUCGACAUCAAGUGCACCAAACUGUUUGUGGAGGCCCUCGGACAGAUCGGGCCAGCCCCUCCUUUGAAGGUGCACGUUGACUGCAUGACCUCCCAAAAGCUCGUACGGCUGCCUGGAUUGAUUGACAUCCAUGUGCACCUGCGGGAACCAGGUGGGACACACAAGGAGGACUUUGCCUCAGGCACAGCCGCUGCCCUGGCUGGGGGCAUCACCAUGGUGUGUGCCAUGCCUAAUACUCGGCCCCCCAUCAUCGAUGCCCCUGCUCUGGCCCUGGCCCAGAAGCUGGCAGAGGCUGGCGCCCGCUGUGACUAUGCCUUAUUCCUCGGAGCCUCGUCGGAAAAUGCAGGGACCCUGGGCGCUGUGGCUGCGUCUGCUGCGGGGCUGAAACUCUACCUCAAUGAGACCUUCUCUGAGCUGCAGCUGGACAGUGUGGCCCAGUGGAUGGAGCACUUUGAGACAUGGCCAUCCCACCUCCCCAUUGUGGCCCACGCAGAACGACAAAGCGUUGCUGCCAUCCUCAUGGUGGCCCAGCUGACCCAGCGCUCAGUGCACAUCUGUCACGUGGCACGGAAGGAGGAGAUCCUGCUGAUUAAAGCUGCAAAGGCACGGGGGCUUCCAGUGACUUGUGAGGUGGCGCCCCACCACCUGUUCCUGAGCCAUGAUGACCUCAAGCGUCUGGGACCCGGGAAGGGCGAGGUUCGGCCUGAGCUUGGCUCCCGGCAGGACAUGGAAGCCCUGUGGGAGAACAUGGCUGUCAUCGACUGCUUUGCCUCUGACCAUGCCCCCCACACCUUGGAGGAGAAGUGUGGGCCCCAGCCUCCCCCUGGCUUCCCGGGGCUGGAGACCAUGCUGCCGCUGCUGCUGACAGCGGUGAGCGAGGGCCGGCUCAGCCUGGACGACCUGCUGCAGCGAUUGCACCACAAUCCUCGGCGCAUCUUCCACCUUCCCCCGCAGGAGGACACCUAUGUGGAGGUGGAUCUGGAGCACGAAUGGACAGUCCCCAGCCAUAUGCCUUUCUCCAAGGCCCACUGGACGCCCUUUGAAGGGCAGAAGGUGAAGGGCACCGUCCGCCGUGUGGUCCUACGAGGAGAGGUUGCCUAUAUUGACGGGCAGGUGCUGGUGCCACCAGGUUAUGGACAGGAUGUUCGCAAGUGGCCACAGGGGGCUGUUCCCCAGCUCACACCUUCAGCCCCUGCCGCCAGUGAGAUAACCACGACCCCAGAAAGGCCCCGCCGGGGCCUCCCAGGGCUUCCUGACGGCCGUUUCCAUCUGCCGCCCCGAAUCCACCGAGCCUCUGACCCAGGUUUGUCAGCUGAGGAGCCAAAGGAGAAGUCCCGGAAGGCAGCUGAGCCAGAGCUGAUGGGAACCCUUGAUGGCACCUGCUACCCUCCACCACCAGUACCUAGACAGGCGUCACCCCAGAACCCGGGGACCCCUGGCCUGCUGCACCCCCAGACCUCACCCCUGCUGCACUCAUUAGUGGGCCAACAUAUCCUGUCUGUCCAGCAGUUCACCAAGGAUCAGAUGUCUCACCUGUUCAAUGUGGCACACACGCUGCGCAUGAUGGUGCAGAAGGAGCGAAGCCUCGACAUCCUCAAGGGGAAGGUGAUGGCCUCCAUGUUCUAUGAGGUGAGCACACGGACCAGCAGCUCUUUUGCAGCAGCAAUGGCCCGGCUAGGGGGUGCCGUGCUCAGCUUCUCGGAAGCCACAUCCUCCGUCCAGAAGGGCGAAUCCCUGGCUGACUCGGUGCAGACCAUGAGCUGCUACGCCGACGUCGUCGUGCUGCGGCACCCCCAGCCAGGAGCAGUGGAGCUGGCAGCCAAGCACUGCCGGAGGCCAGUGAUCAACGCCGGGGAUGGGGUUGGAGAGCAUCCCACCCAGGCCUUGCUGGAUAUCUUCACCAUCCGGGAGGAGCUCGGGACGGUCAAUGGCAUGACGAUCACAAUGGUGGGGGACCUGAAGCAUGGACGCACGGUACAUUCGCUGGCCUGCCUGCUUACCCAGUACCGCGUCAGCCUGCGCUACGUGGCACCCCCCAGCCUGCGCAUGCCUCCCGACGUGCGGGCCUUCGUGGCCUCCCGCGGCACCAAGCAGGAGGAAUUUGAGAGCAUUGAGGAGGCGCUGCCUGAUACGGACGUGCUUUACAUGACUCGAAUCCAGAAGGAGCGCUUUGGCUCCACCCAGGAGUAUGAAGCUUGCUUUGGCCAGUUCAUCCUCACUCCCCACAUCAUGACCCGGGCCAAGAAGAAGAUGGUGGUGAUGCACCCAAUGCCUCGUGUCAAUGAGAUAAGUGUGGAGGUGGACUCGGACCCCCGAGCAGCCUACUUCCGCCAGGCCGAGAACGGCAUGUACAUCCGCAUGGCUCUGUUAGCCACUGUGCUGGGCCGCUUCUAGGGCCCAGCUCCUUCACCUCUUCUCAGGCCCCGCUGCCGGGCAUGGAAUCCGGUGCCCUCCUCGGAGGCAGCACACUUAGUAGACGCUCUGGGGCCAGACAGGUCAUAUGCUCCUAUGCACACACACAGAGACCACGCUCCAGGCACUGGGCUGGACUGGAGCGGUCUAGCCUCGGGGCUGGGGCCUCAGGCACUGUAGCCCAGUCAGCCCCACCUCCCUCACCACACCUCAGAUCUGUAAAGAUACUUUUCACUGACAUAAUAAAACAGCUGAGCUGCC